AUGGUAACUUCUGUUUCAAUACCAAAACAUUCAAUAUAUCAAAUCGAUGACAUUACUCAUUGUAAUUCUACAACGGCUCGUCAACUUAAAUACCUGCAAGCUUCAAUAAAUCUUUCAUCGAUACGCGAAAUUUCAUUUUAUAAUAUCAGUUAUAAUAAGAAUGAAAAACUAGCAAAAUUUCAACGCCCAAAAAUAUGUUCAUAUUUUAUGAAAGAAAAGCCGGUCAAACAAAUUUUACAUGAUAUAUCUGGUGUUUUUAAAACAGGAAUGAAUGCGAUUAUGGGUCCAACGGGAUGCGGAAAAUCUUCUCUACUUGAUAUUCUUGCCCAUCGUAAGGAUCAUAAUGGUUUGCAUGGUCAAAUUCUUGUCGAUGGGUUACCACCACCCCAUUCAUUUAAGUAUAUGGUCGGUUAUGUUAUUCAAAAUGAUAUCAUCUCUGAUACACUUACUGUACGAGAAAAUCUCAUGUUUUCGGCAAAUAUUCGUCUACCAAAGGAAGUACCCUAUGAGGAACGCGUAGAACGAGUAACAAAAGUUAUAUCUGACCUUGGACUCGAAUCAUGUGCUGAGACAAAAAUUGGUACAGAAUUUCAGAGAGGUGUUUCUGGUGGUGAACGAAAACGAGCAAGUAUUGGUAUGGAACUGAUAUUAGCACCAAAAAUAUUUUUUCUUGAUGAACCAACUACAGGACUCGAUGCAGCAACAGCUCGAAAAAUAAUGAAAUGUUUAAGUGAUCUAUCAAAACAAGGACAUACCAUUAUUUUUUCAAUACAUCAACCACGUUAUUCUAUAUUUAAACUUUUUGACACAAUAACUGUCCUGUAUCAGGGUGGAAUGUUUUACUAUGGUCAAGCCGAAAAUGUAUUAGGUUAUUUUUCUCAACAAGGUUAUUUUUGUGAGCACCAUGAUAAUCCGGCUGAUUUUGUGGUUGAUGUUCUGAUUGAUGCGAGUCAAAAGCCCGGUCAAUUGAGAAAAUUGAGACUAGCUUAUGAAAAUUCUUAUAUGCAUAAAAAUAUCAUAGAUCUUAGAAAAAAACAAUUAAUCAAUGAUAAUUUUGAAGGACAAACGAAUCAAAAAUCAGCUAAACUCGGAGGAUCUCUUUGGAAAGAAAUAUAUUAUGUUUCCCGACGAACAUUGAAAAAUACUUGUUGUAAUCCAGCAUUAUUCGUGUCACAAAUAGCCGUUGCUAUCAUUAUAGGCCUAUUAAUAGGACUCGUAUAUUAUGAUUUGGAAAAAACCAUGGAUCCAGGAGUACAAGAUCGUUUAGGUGCUAUAUUUGUUAUUGUUGCAACACAAAUCUUUAGUACAUUAACGGCAUUGGAACCAUUAAUUAAAGAACGUGUGUUAUUUAUUCAUGAAAGUAACAGCGGCUAUUAUCGAACAUCGACAUUCUUCUUAGCUAAAUUUCUAUGCGAUAUAUUAUUUAUACGAACUAUUGUGUCAAUUAUAUUUUCAAUUAUUGCUUACUUUAUGACGGAUUUAGAACGGAAUGUUGGUAGAUUCUUUGUUUUUCUUAUUACAAUUUUUCUUGCAAGUCUAUUCGGAUCAGCCAUGUGUCUUUUUAUCACAGCUACAGUUCGCUUCUUUAGUGUUGCCUUGAUCAUUGUCAUACUUAUCUUUUUGGUAAUGAUGAUCUUCAGUGGUUUUCUAAUCUCAUUGAAAAGUGUAUUCCAGUGGUUGGCAUGGAUUCAAUGGAUCAGUGCCUUUCGAUACGCAUCCAAUAUGUUAAUAAUGAAUGAAUUUCACAAUAUUACAUUUUGCCUAGCUAAUGCUACAAAUAUUUGUCCAUUGACAGGCUUGGAAAUUCUGAAUAAAACAGACUUAAAUUAUAGGACUAAUUGGGAUUUAUGGAAAAAUUACUUUGCAUUGUCGAUGAUGACUACUGGUGUAUUCCUCUUAACUUAUAUUCAACUUCUACAAAUUAAAAAGACGAAUUAACAAAAUAUUUGAAACAAAAGAAAUUCGAACUACGAUAUUUUUUCCAGCACUUUAAAUAAAUACUUCCUAAUGAGUCGGUGUUUUUACAUAGGCUUUGAGAUUUUUUCUUCAAAUUAUGUAGGAAAAUUAAUCGCAUAGGGUGUGGGUGUGUAUGGGUGUCAGCGAUCACCUCGUUCUCGCUUCCUUUCUUUUAUUACAUUUGCUUUUGAAAGUAUGUUAUCAGCAAUAACAUUCUUUUUCUUGUUUUCUCUCUGCUUCCAUGUACCAUAUAUACAUGUGUGUUUGGUUCUGAGGGUCAAUUCUGUUUUAUUCUUAGUGCAGUGAUUCUUUUCAAGUAGUUCUUUGCUUCAUUGUGUAGUUUUUAUUUCUAUUCAAAUACAUUUAAUAUUGUGCAGUUUCUCUCAACCUCUGCAAGCAAGGUACAGGUCAUUUCAAAGAGGAAGCUCACAGUGGGUGUGUGGGUGUGGGUUCUGUUGAAAAGAAGAUCCAUACCCGCACCCACAUCCACCCACACCCUCACACCACCCACACCCACACCCACACCCCUCUUUAUUCUCGUAGUUGCUCUUCUGAGGUUAUGAAAGAAAAUUAUAUGUCAAGAUCUGCAAUGAGUAAAUGAUUAAAUACUCAAUGUUGUAUAAUGGACUGACUAUUAGUUACUAUAUAUAUAUAGAUUUAUCAUAAAUCGCAAACAGAUAAGAAGAAAAAUUACAAAUUUUAGAUUACAUAAAUCGAUUGUGCUUAUGAUUUCUGUUUACUAUUUAAAUGUAGAAUAUCUAUAUUGUAAAAAUUUAAAAUUAAUUCUUUACUAAUUGAAAUAAACAUUCAAAUGGACCACUAAGAAUGAGUGAAUUUAUACUCAAUUAAUUUAUAAAUGCUUUCGUUUUUAUACAUUUUUUCAAAAGAAUUUCAAUACUUAAUUUUCUAUCAAAAUAAUUUUUAAUAUAUGAUUUCGUAUUUAUAAUAUGAUAUAUAAGUUCUUCAGUUAUAUUUUGUUUUUGACUUAAGCCGCCCCUCCCCACCCUAAAAGUCAAUUUUUGUCAAAUUUUUCGAUUUUGUGAUUUAUAGUGCAUUAGAUAGAGAAAAAUGUCCGCUAUCGAACGCACUAUAGUUUAUUCAUUUUAUGACGAGCUUGAUGGAUGUUACAUAAUUUUUUCUGCACCCUUAUACCCUACAAAAUAACGUUUUUACGAACAACUUUUAUUUUUGAAGUUUUUUGACCUUCUUCAGACAAUAUACUAGAAAGACAUAUAAUAUACGAUUCGAUGUAUCGUCAUCCACUCUUUCGAACGAUGAAAACUGCAGCUCUCUAUCUUGUUUUUAUGAAAAGUAAUUCAAAAAAUACCCAAAAAAUAGACAUUCGUAUAAUCAUCCCAUAUAUUAGAAAACUACGUCUUAUCGAAAUUUUAUUAUUAUGAUAUUAAUUGAAAUAUGAUCAAAUAACAUAGAAAAAUAGAGCAUUCUUUUCUCUAUCAGAUUAUAUAGAGAGAAAGUUUCUUAAAGCUUUUUAUAAGGAAUUACAGUACUGUUCUCACUA